AUGCAAGCCUUACCCGGUGAAAUCCUGAGGGACAUUGGCGUUUACUUGAUGCCAGAGCCCCUAACAAUUCACAUGCGUCUGCCCGGCGAGAGACUCGACUUCGACGUAUGUGGGGAAUCAAUGGAAUCUGACUCUCCAAACGAUGUCUUGCUGGCGAAGAAGCGUUAUGUGAAGGAUCUACAUUCGUUUGAGAAAACAUGCUGGGCCGCACAAAACACCAGAGACUUUAUAUUUCGCGAGCAGCUAACCGUCUGCUUCUUCCAUAUGCAUACUAUUACGCGUGUCUUGAAGACUCAGAAUCUUCAGCCAUUCCGGAGCGUUGUGGUUGGCUUCAAAGAUGUCGGCGAGUCAAUUCUUCCAAGCCUUGGUCAACUAUCCAAAAGUAUUACAGCCCUGGCAAGGUCCAGAUGA